UAGUUUUGGAAAACCAAAACGCCCUCUCUUUCAUUGUCUUUCAGUAAGAAGAAUCUCUGUUUCUUCGUUAUGGCCUCUUUUUCCGUUUCUUCUGCACCACCAGUGACCGGAGCUCUCUCCGGCGAUGAUGCUACGAAACCAAAGAAACCGAAGUCAGUCAAGGAAACCAAAGCGAAGAACACUGUGGCACCGAAGAAAUCACGCCCGGCUUCUUCGCAUCCUCCUUUUGUAGUUAUGAUCACGGACGCGAUAUUGGCUUUGAAGGAGAGGUCAGGAUCGAGCCAGUACGCGAUCACGAAGUACAUUGAGGAGAAUCACAAGCAAUUGCCUGGGAAUUUCAGGAAGCUUCUUCUGAUUCAACUAAAGCGUCUUGUUGCCUCUGGAAAGCUCGUCAAGGUGAAGAACUCGUUCAAACUAUCUCCUGCUUCCGCCAUUGUGGCCAAACCUAAGGCUAAAGCUCCGGUGAAGAAAUCUGCUCUGUCGGAGAAAGAUAAGCCAAAGAAGGCGGGAACCGCCGGCGGAGUGAAGAGGAAGGCGGCGGUGGAGAAGAAUUCGCCGUCAAAGAAGGCGAGAAAAAACGGUGCUGCGGCGGCGACAACGAAGAACAAAGUUACGCCGGCAAAAAAUCCGAAGAAACCGAAGAGCGUGAAGUCUCCGAUGAAGAAGGCGAAGGGUGUGAAGUCUCCGGUGAGGAAGCCAAAGAGCGUUAAAUCGCCGGCGAAAAAGCCGGCGAAGGAGGUUGGGAGGAGAGGGAAGAAGUGAACGUGUGUUUGGUUGUGGGGGGAAAGGGUAGGUAAUGUAAAUUUGGUAGUGAAGUUUGGGUAGUUAUGGAAAUCUGGAAUCUUGCGGUAUUUUGGCGAAAUAUGUGUUUUUGUUUUUUGUGCAAUAUAUAAUAGACUACUCUAGUUCCUGUCCAA